CUCACACCUGAAAUAUUGGCUUUGGUGGACCCAGUGGUGUCCCAGAUGAAGCGUCACCAAAUCGGUGGUGACAAGGACAUUGCAUUGGCCAUUGCCCAUUUAUUGAUGAGAGUUAUAUCGGCAGCUAGAUGGAGUAAUUCUUAUGAUUUAAUUGCUUUGAUUAGAAAAGUUGGUACUGUCAUGAUAAAUGCCCAGCCUCGAGAGAUGAUCACCGGUAACAUCAUAAGACGAGUUUUAGCAUUGAUAAGAGAUGAGAUUGAAACCGAAGGUAAUAAUGAUAAUACCCCAAUGAUGAGUUCGAUGUUUAGUUUAUUAAGUACUAAUAAUAAUAAUAAUAAGUCGGAUCAAAAUCAACUGAAGAAACAAAGUAGUGAUUUCAGAUCAAUCAUAAUUCAAGGUAUAAGAGAUUUAAUCGAUGAAAUUCAAAAUGUUAAUGAGGGUAUCGAAACCAUGUCAGCUGAUUUAAUUCACGAUAAUGAGAUCUUAUUGACACCAACACCUACUUCAGAUACCCUUUUACAAUUCCUCAUCAGAGCAAGAUCCAAAAGAAAGUUUACUGUUCUUGUCACUGAAAAUUACCCAAAUGACAUUAAAGCUGCUCACAUUUUUGCCAAAAAAUUAUGUGAUCAUAAGAUUGAGACUAUCGUGAUACCUGAUACAACUACAUUUGCAGUCAUGUCUCGUGUUGGAAAAGUCAUAUUGGGGACUAAAUCUGUUUUCGCCAAUGGAGGUUGUAUGGCAAAUUCGGGUGUUGCCAACGUAGUUGAAUGUGCCAAAGAACAUAAAACUCCCGUUUUGGCUGUUGCUGGUUUAUAUAAAUUAUCCCCAUUAUAUCCUUUCAAUCGUGAUGAUUUGAUCGAAGUGGGUAAUUCCGGUAAAGUUUUGGAUUAUAGUGAUUCCAAACUAGUUGAUAACGUCGAUGUAGUCACCAAUCCUUUGGAUGAUUAUGUCUCCCCCGAACAUAUCGAUAUUUAUAUCACCAAUAUUGGUGGGUUCGCUCCUUCUUUCAUAUAUAGAAUUGUCCUAGACAACUACAAAGUGGAAGAUAAUAAUUUAGAUUAGUCAUUCUUCUCUAUGUAAAUUAAUACAAG